UGCCGACGGUGUUGGAGAGCCCGCCGCCGACCGGCCCCGGAGGCACGCAUGAACCUGCCGGGGGCGCGGUCGUAGCCAAAGCAUGAUCAAGGAGCCGAAAGAGUCGAAGAAGGCGAAGCGGUCGGGCUCGGGCGGCGCGGCCGGUCCGCCCGACGGCGGCGUGCCGCUGGGGCUGACCGGCUCGCCGCCGCUGAAGCCCGACCCAGAGGGCCUGGUGGCCGCCGGGCCGCCGUCGGCCGAGACGGGCCCGUCGACCGACGUCGCCCCGACCACGCCGCAGGGUGGUAAACCGUCGUCGCUAGGCGGCCGCCUGACCGAGUCGUCCGUCGGCCAGUUCAAGACGGACGACGGCGCUUCGCUGGCGCCCGAGUUUGCAAUCGAGCGGUCGCUGCCGGCGGGCCGCCCGGGCGCCGGCGGCGCCGCCCGGCCAGCCAUGGUGAGCGCCGGCAGCCCGGCGCCGGCGCAGCCGCUGCCCUCCAGCGGCGCCAUCAACAAGCAGCCGAUGACGGCCGACGCCCAGUACAUGCAGCAGCAGAGCCAUAUCUUCGUCUUCUCGACGCAGCUGGCCAACCGGGCGUUCGAGUCGGUCAUGCAGGGCCAGUACCCGACUAUCAUCUCGUACCACUGCUCGCAGCCGGGCACCAAGAAGUACCUGGAUCGUCACCCGCUGAAGAGCAGCCAGUUCACGCGCGGCCCGCAGCCGCCCUGGCUGAGCAUGGUGAAGCGAGGCGGUGGCGCCGGCGGCGGCGCGGCCGCCAAGCUGCCGCCGGGCUCGCCGCUGCUGAGUGGGAGCGACGAUGGCCGGCCGCAACGACUGCCGGACGGCGACUUGACGCUGGAGCAGCGCCACCACCGCGCCUCCAAGCUGGCGCGCAUCAAGCGCAUAGGCGAGAUGCUGCUGCCGGACCAGCGACCGGGCGAGCCGGGCGGCGCUGCCGGCCAGAACGGCGCGUCCGGCCCCAACCGGCCGGCCGGGCCCAACGGGCCCAUGGCCGGACCCAACGGGCCCAUGGCCGGACCCAACGGGCCCAUGAUGAUGGCCGGACCCAACGGACCCGUCAUGAUGGCCGGCCCCAGCGGUCCCGCCGGCCUGGGCGGGCCCGGCGGAGGCCCCAUGGGAAUGGGAGGGCCUAAUGGGUCGGGUGGUAUGGGAGCCCCGAAUGGUCCCAUGGGAAUGGGCGGUCCAAACGGCCCGGCUGGAAUGGGAGGUCACGGCGGUCCCGGGCUGGGAGGCCCCAAUGGUCCGAUGGGAAUGGGAGGUCACAAUGGUCCUGGUGGUGUGGGAGAUCUCAGUAGUCCCUCUGGUAUGGGAGGUCCCAAUGGCCCCAUUGGAAUGGGUGGUCCUAACGGCCCCAGAGCAGGCAUGAACGGCUCCAUGGUCCCGGUCAGUAUGAAUGGCUCUAUGCCGUCUGGCGCUAUGAAUGGCCCCAUGCCCCCGUACAGCAUGAAUGGUCCAAUGCCCUCAGUCAGCAUGAAUGGCCCCAUGCCCCCUGGAAGCAUGAAUGGGCCCAUGCCUCCGGGAGGUAUGAAUGGGCCCAUGCCGCCGGGAGGCAUGAAUGGGCCCAUGCCGCCGGGUGGCAUGAAUGGGCCCAUGCCUCCGGGAGCGAUGAAUGGACCCAUGCUUCCGGGAGGUAUGAACGGGCCUAUGCAUCCAGGAGGCAUGAAUGGUCCCAUGCCUCCUGGGGGCAUGAACGGGCCCAUGCCUCCUGGAGGCGUGAUGGUGGGCCCCAACGGCCCAAUCCCUCACAACAUGUUCGGAGGUCCCGGUGGCGGUCAGAUGGGUCCGAUGGGUAGCCACGGACCGAUGAUGCCCCAGGGCGGCGCGAUGGGGCCGGGCAUGAUGGGCCCGAUGGACCCGCGCAUGAUGGCGCCGCACCAGCGGAUGAUGGUGCCCGGCAUGAUGGGGCCAGGCGGCCCGGCCAGCUCCAUGGCCGCCCAGAUGGAGUGGCAGCGACUGCAGAGCGAAUUCUACGACGACCGGCGGCGCAAGGCGCCCGGUGCGCCGGCCAACAUGCGCAUGAUGAUGAUGCCCAGCCGGAUGCAGGGUCCGCCGCCGCCGUACCCGCAGAGCCAGCCGCGCGCGCUGCCCAGCCCCAGCCCGAGCUCGCGUUCGCCGACCACCUCGCUGCCUCGCACCUCCCCCCGGCUGGGCUCGCCGGCCGUCUGUCCGCGCCUGCCCACGCCCGGCCCGGUGGGUGACAUGUUCGGCCGGUCAGGAAUGAACCCGAACUUCCCCGGCCACCUGACCAACGAAGCUAAUCUGAUGCCCGUGCCUUCGCCCCAACAAAUACAGUACAUCAACAACUUCGAGGGUCAAGAGCUGACCAUCCACAAGCAGGCCAACACGGGCCUGCGGGACUCAGACAUCCGUUCACCAUCCGCCGACGGCAAGGCCCGCUUCCCAGGCCGCAGUCCGGGCGGGCCGCGCACGCCCGGUGCCGGCGGUGACGCCCGCUUCCUGGCGCCCAGCCCCAAGCCGGCGGGCUUCCCCGGCUGCGGCCCGAGCAUGCUCGGCAGCCCGCGCAUGCCGUUCAUGGAGCCGAUGCCGGGCCGGCCGGGCGAGCUGGACCUGCCGCUCGGCCACCCGCACCUGCCGCUCAACCCGCGCCAGUCGCCCGCGCUCGCCCCGGACAAGAUGUUCGACCCGAUCUCGUCCAUGGUGCAGAUGUCGCAGCAGCUGGGCGGCGGCGGCGGUGGCGGCGGCCCGGGUGGCGCCAGCGUGCAGGUGAAAGCGAGUGCACCCAACACGAUCCAGUACUUGCCGACGCGACCGCAGACGUCCAGCGCGGGACCACGUGGACCGCCCAGCCUCGAGUUCCUGCAGCGCUUCACCGGGCCCGGCGGAGUCAGCCCCGGCGCCAUGGGCAUGAUGGCCGACCAGGGCGGCCCCAUGCCCGGCCAGGGCGGACCCAUGCCCGGACAGGGCAUGCCCAUGACCGUGCCCAGUGGGCCGAUGAGCGGCGGCGGCGUGCCCAUGGGAGGACCCAUGGCCGGCGGUGGCGUGCCCAUGGGCGGACCGAUGGGCGGUGGCAUGCCCAUGGGCGGACCGAUGGGCGGCGGCAUGCCGAUGGGAGCGCCGAUGGCCGGCGGCAGCCACAUGGGAGGACCGAUGAGUGGGCCGAUAUGA